CCCAGCGCCGGCUGCGUACAGUAUCGCGGCCUCAGUCACAGACAGGCAGCGGAGGAGGCAGCAUCGCCCUCAGGGACCCCUCACCGCUCCACCGGCACUCCCAUGGCCGGGCUCCCCUCCGCUGGAUGACAGUCCCAGCCGCCCACAGCUCACGAAUGUGGACCUGAGACGCAUCACCCCUUCUAGAAGCUCAGUUCAUUGAUCUGUAUAAUUGGAUUACGCCUCCCGCUGAUCACCAUGUCGGGCGCCUCCGUGAAAGUGGCCGUACGGGUCCGACCUUUUAAUUCAAGGGAGAUCGGCAAGGACUCAAAAUGCAUCAUCCAGAUGCAGGGCAACUCAACCAGUAUUCUAAAUCCAAAGAAUCCCAAGGAACCAGCUAAAACCUUCAGCUUUGAUUACUCUUACUGGUCUCACACCUCGCCGGACGACCCCUCCUUCGCAUCCCAGAACCGCGUGUACAAUGACAUCGGGAAGGAGAUGCUUGAACAUGCCUUCGAGGGCUACAACGUUUGUAUCUUCGCCUACGGGCAGACGGGAGCUGGCAAGUCCUAUACUAUGAUGGGAAAACAGGAGGAGACGCAGGCCGGCAUCAUCCCACAGCUGUGCGAGGACCUGUUUGAGAAGAUAAAUUAUAAUCACAAUGAAGAUGUCUCAUUCUCUGUAGAGGUUAGUUACAUGGAAAUUUACUGUGAGCGGGUCCGGGAUCUGCUGAACCCCAAAAACAAAGGGAACCUGCGAGUGAGAGAGCACCCGCUGCUGGGGCCCUAUGUUGAAGACUUGUCCAAAUUGGCCGUAACCUCGUACACAGAUAUUGCGGACUUGAUGGACGCAGGAAAUAAGGCCAGGACUGUGGCCGCCACAAACAUGAACGAGACCAGCAGCCGCUCCCACGCAGUCUUCACCAUCGUCUUCACCCAGCGGAGACUCGACGUGGAAACAAACCUCUCCACAGAGAAGGUCAGCAAAAUUAGCCUGGUAGAUUUGGCAGGGAGCGAAAGAGCCGAUUCCACAGGUGCCAAGGGAACACGACUAAAAGAAGGUGCAAAUAUCAACAAAUCACUGACCACGCUGGGGAAAGUCAUCUCCGCUCUGGCUGAGGUGGAUAAUUGCCCCAGCAAGAGCAAAAAGAAGAAAAAGACAGAUUUCAUUCCCUAUCGAGAUUCUGUGCUCACCUGGCUGCUACGUGAGAAUUUAGGUGGGAAUUCCCGCACGGCCAUGGUCGCAGCUCUGAGCCCGGCUGACAUAAAUUAUGAUGAAACUCUGAGUACACUAAGAUAUGCGGAUCGUGCUAAGCAAAUCAAAUGUAAUGCUAUUAUUAAUGAGGAUCCAAAUGCCAAACUGGUGCGCGAGCUUAAAGAUGAAGUCACGCGUCUGAAAGAGCUUCUACGGGCGCAGGGCUUGGGCGAUAUUAUUGACAUUGAUUCUAUUGAAGACAAUUUCCCCGGAAUCAAAUCUCUUCCUUCUGUUGGGUGCCUUCCUCUCUCAGACGUCAAUGAUAACCAGAACCUUAAGAAUAAGUAUUUGCUUGCCAAUGAGAAUCAACGGCCUGGCCAUUUCUCCACAGCCUCCAUGAGCUCGCUGGCCUCUUCCCCAUCUUCCUGUUCUCUCAGCAGUCAGGUGGGGCUGACCUCGGUUACCAGCAUCCAGGAGAGGAUCAUGUCCACGCCAGGCGGAGAGGAGGCCAUAGAGCGGCUGAAGGAAUCAGAGAAAAUUAUUGCGGAGCUCAAUGAAACAUGGGAAGAGAAACUUAGGAAAACGGAAGCGAUCCGCAUGGAGAGGGAAGCGUUACUGGCCGAGAUGGGGGUGGCCAUUCGAGAGGAUGGUGGAACGUUGGGUGUCUUCUCUCCUAAAAAGACUCCGCACCUCGUGAAUCUGAAUGAAGAUCCUCUCAUGUCCGAGUGCCUUUUGUAUUAUAUUAAAGACGGCAUAACCAGGGUGGGUCAGGCGGAUGCUGAGAGGCGCCAAGAUAUCGUGCUGAGCGGUGCCCACAUCAGGGAGGAGCACUGUCUGUUCCGCAGUGAGAGGAAACCCAAUGGAGAAGUGAUUGUGACGCUGGAGCCGUGUGAGAAGUCAGAGACUUAUGUGAACGGGAAGCGGGUGGUUCUCCCGGUGCAGUUGCGUUCUGGUAAUCGUAUAAUUAUGGGAAAGAACCACGUUUUCCGCUUCAACCACCCAGAACAGGCGCGGGCAGAGAGAGAGAAAACGCCUUCAGCGGAGACGCCUUCUGAGCCGGUAGACUGGACCUUUGCACAGCGGGAACUGCUGGAGAAGCAGGGUAUAGACAUGAAGCAGGAGAUGGAGAAAAGGCUCCAGGAGAUGGAAAUCUUGUACAAGAAGGAGAAGGAAGAGGCGGAUCUCCUACUGGAGCAGCAGCGACUGGAUUAUGAAAGAAAGCUGCAAGCUCUUCAGAAGCAAGUGGAGACCCGGUCACUGAACGCUGAGACCACUGAGGAAGAAGAUGAGGAGGAAGAGGAGGUUCCCUGGACGCAGCACGAGUUUGAGCUGGCGCAGUGGGCGUUUAAGAAGUGGAAGCAUCAUCAGUUCACGUCAUUGCGGGACCUACUGUGGGGGAACGCCGUGUACCUGAAGGAGGCCAACGCCAUCAGUGUGGAGCUGAAAAAGAAGGUGCAGUUCCAGUUUGUGCUGCUGACAGACACCCUGUACUCUCCUCUUCCUCCGGAGCUGCUCCCUCCUGAUGCGGAGAAAAUCCCGGAGGACCAGCCUUUCCCUCGCACCGUGGUUGCUGUAGAAGUGCAGGACCUAAAAAAUGGGGCCACCCACUACUGGUCGCUGGAGAAGCUCAGAUUGCGGCUGGAACAGAUGCGAGAGAUGUACGACCGCGCAGGAGAAAUGGCGUCCAAUGUCCAAGAUGAUUCUGACACCGCAAUAAAUGGCGGUGACCCCUUCUACGACCGUUUCCACUGGUUCAAGCUCGUUGGCAGUUCUCCCAUAUUCCACGGCUGCGUGAACGAGCGGCUGGCAGACCGCACCCCGUCCCCCACCUUUUCAACAGCAGAUUCUGACAUCACGGAGCUGGCCGAUGAGCAGCAGGACCAGAUGGAAGACUUCGAGGACGAGCCCUUUGUGGACGACACGGGUUCCGAUGCGGGGAAUGAGGAAGGAUCUGAUCUCUUCAGCGAUGGGCAUGACCCAUUUUAUGACCGCUCCCCAUGGUUCAGUUUAGUAGGAAGAGCUUUUGUGUACCUCAGUAACUUGCUUUUCCCGGUGCCCCUGGUCCAUCGGGUGGCCGUAGUGAGUGAGAAAGGAGACGUCCGGGGGUUUCUGCGCGUCGCAGUGCAGGCAAUAGCUGGUGACGAGGAAGCUCCAGAUUACGGAUCGGGCAUUCGCCAGUCGGGAACCGCCAAGAUCUCAUUUGAUGACAAUGAUUACUUCACUAAGAACGACAUCUCAUCCUCCGUCCUCACGCGCUCAGGCCUGUCGCUGGAGGAGCUGCGCAUUGUGGAAGGCCAAGGCCAGAGCUCAGGGACGAACACCCCAGUGGAGGAGGUGAACCGGCUGGCUGAGAUGGACUUGAAAUCCGGCGGCAGCCUGCUGGACGGGAAGAUGAUGAUGGAAGGAUUCUCUGAAGAUGUGGGAGAUCACCUGAAGAUCGGCAGCGUCUUCACCUUCCGCGUCACUGUCCUCCAAGCCAGCGGCAUCCUGCCUGAAUACGCCGAUAUCUUCUGCCAGUUCAACUUCUUGCAUCGGCACGAUGAGGCCUUCUCCACCGAGCCCCUGAAGAACAAUGGUCGCGGAAACCCGCUGGGCUUCUACCACGUACAGAACGUCGCAGUUGAGGUUACGGAGUCGUUCAUAGAAUAUAUAAAGACCAAGCCCAUUGUGUUUGAAGUGUUUGGACAUUACCAGCAGCACCUGCAGGGCCAGGACCUCAGCCCGGCACAGCCGUCCCGCCGCCAUUUUCCUCCUCCCAUGCCCCUCUCCAAGCCUGUUCCAGCCACCAAACUAAAUCCUCUGAGCAAGCCCAGCCUCGGCCAGAGCUUCAGCAAAUACGACCUCUUAGUCUGGUUUGAGAUCAGUGAAUUGGAGCCAACUGGCGAGUACAUUCCAGCUGUUGUUGACCAUUCUGGAGGUCUGUCGUGUCAAGGAACCUACCUUCUACACCAGGGGAUCCAGCGCAGAAUCACAGUGACUAUCAUCCAUGAGAAAGGGAAUGAACUGCACUGGAAGGAUGUCCGGGAGCUGGUGGUGGGGCGCGUGCGGAAUAAGGCAGAGGUGGAUGAGGCUGCUGCUGAUGCAGUCCUCUCCCUGAACAUCAUCUCCGCCAAGUACCUCAGAUCCCACAGCUCCAGCAGGCUGUUUCUUGAUAAGGAUAUGCCUAGGACUUUCUAUCGCUUUGAGGCUGUGUGGGACAGCUCCCUGCACAAUUCCUUACUCCUGAACCGAGUGACACCUUACGGGGAGAAGAUCUAUAUGACCUUAUCUGCGUAUUUGGAGCUCGACCACUGUAUCCAGCCGGCCGUGGUCACUAAGGACGUGUGCAUGGUCUUCUAUUCCCGCGACGCCAAGAUUUCCCCACCCCGCUCCCUGCGCAGUCUCUUCGGAAGCGGCUACUCGAAGUCUCCUGACUGUAACAGAGUCACUGGGAUCUAUGAGCUGAGCCUCUGUAAAAUGGCCGACACAGGAAGUCCCGGAAUGCAGCGCAGGAGAAGAAAGAUCCUGGACACGUCGGUGGCUUAUGUACGCGGGGAGGAGAACCUGGCCGGAUGGAGGCCGCGUGGUGACAGCCUGAUUUUGGAGCACCAGUGGGAGCUGGAUAAAAUGGAGCAGUUGCACGAGGUGGAGAAGACUCGGCACCUCCUCCUGCUCCGAGAUAAGCUGGGCGACAGCAUUCCCAAGUCGCUGAGUGAAUCCAUAUCCCCCAGCCUGAGCAGCGGGACCCUCAGCACCUCCACCAGCAUCUCCUCCCAGAUAUCCACCACCACCUUUGAAAGUGCCAUUACCCCCAGUGAGAGCAGCGGUUACGACUCCACCGACGUGGAGAGCCUUGUGGAUCGCGAGAAGGAGCUGGCGACGAAGUGUCUGCGACUUCUCACUCAUACGUAUAACCGGGAGCUGACACAGGUGUGCAACAGCAUCAGCGAUUGUAAGCUGUCUGAUAUCUCCCCAAUUGGACGUGACUCAUCCGUCUCCAGCUUCAGCAGCGCCACCCUGACGCCGUCCUCCACCUGCCCGUCACUAGCGGAUUCCAGGUGCAGCUCAGUGGAUCAGAAGACCCCCGAAGCCAAUUCCCGCUCCUCCAGCCCCUGCACAGAGUAUGAACAAUUCCACAUGGUGCCCUCAAUAGAGAUGUCAUACCUGGCUCGCGCUGGGAAGAACGAGUUCCUGAAUCUAGUGCCGGAUAUCGAGGAGCUGAGACCUGGGUCUGUGGUCUCCAAGAAGGGGUUUUUAAAUUUCAAGGAGCCACAGUCCCAUUCGUGGGCCAAGCACUUUGUUGUGGUACGCCGACCCUACGUCUUCAUCUACAACAGCGACAAGGACCCAGUGGAGCGAGGCCUCAUUAACCUGUCCACCGCCCAGGUGGAAUACAGCGAGGACCAGCAGGCCAUGCUUAAGAGUCCUAACAUAUUUGCCGUCUGCACCAAGCACCGUGGGAUCUUAUUACAGGCCAUUAAUGAUAAAGAUAUGAACGACUGGCUGUACGCCUUUAACCCCUUGCUCGCUGGCACCAUACGGUCGAAGUUAGCGAGACGUCGCUCCCUGUCUAUGAAGUACUGAGCAGAUCCGUGUCUCUGUCGCCUUCAGAUAUGAAGUGUUACCUCUCUACUCUCCUUCGUGGUUCUUAAACGUUUCUCUUGUCUGUAAACCUGUGGCUUUCCCUCAGCUCCUCUCCCGUCUCUGCUGAAAACAACUUGUCGCAUGUGACUGAGCAAGAAGAAAAGACAGUGAGACAGACGCCGGCGGCCGCCUUCUGGAUAUGUGCCCCCUUAUCUCCCGUGUCUGUAGUGUAACAUGUCCGGCAGAAAUCCAUUAUGUCGCAUAUUUUUCUCACCACGUUUUAUUUUUUAUCUGUUACUUGGGUUUUACUGAAACCUCCAGCUUCCAUCCUCCCGUGCCGCGGACAGUCCCGGAGAGGGAAAGAUGGUGUCACAUGCAUAUCUUGCUCUGUCUCUUCUCCUCAAGCCAUGAAACGCGUGAGGACACACACAACCAUGAAACGCGUGGGUACGCUCUGUGCCUGUACCAGUGGUUUGGAAUCUGGGAAACUGCAAGCUCAGACCCUCAGAAAGUUUCCGAAUUCGCAAAGAACUGCGUCAUUGUUGCUAAGCCCCAUGGCUGUGUGUGUGGCAGCCACACCAUACAGUGUACAUGGUACAGCCGACUUCAUGCACUGCAAUGACCAGCAAAGGCUCUCAUAGACUGACGCCAUUUGCUUUACAGUUAUCAUUCGUUUAAACGCACAUCCAGAUUUGUGGAUUUUCUUUUUUUCCUUUAUGAUUUUAGAAGUUAUAUUAAGGGGAAAUGCUGCUUAUUUUUUAUUUGUAAUUAGGAGGUCACAUAGAACAAAAUGAGCAGGAAAACAAACCGUAACGUGGUGAUGGAGGCACAUCCUGUUGUAUAUUGUCUUAUCUAAUGUCUUGGGCCAAAACGUGUUUAUUUAAGUGUGCGCAUGCCGGGCCAUCCAGUAACCCUUUGUGAGCCGGGAUUUCUUCAGGAUUCGGUGGAUGAUAUGUCAGUGAAGGGUUUUGGCGCCCACACAUUAAGCUUGUCGGCCAGCAGGUCUGAUGAUUUAAUUUAAGUUGCAUUAACGCUGAUCAUCUAGGCUCCUGCAAACACUUGCAGACCUACUCUACAGCACAUCGGUUAUAUCAUUGAAUAAACUAUAUUUCUACAUAUUCUAUAUUUAUAUUGCUUUAACGGUAACAAAAUGUUCCAUGGUUUUAGCUUUGAGUGAACCAAGCGUGUCACAUGAUCUCCCCUGAGGUAAUCCGUCUCAGCGGGUAAUGGGCGCAGUCGGCAGGUUUGCAGUGUGUUUUUGGGCCUGUUAUUUCCUUAAUCUCACAUACCAGGCCAAUAACAACUUUUAACAAAAGUAUUUUUUAAUGGUGUGAUUGAAGACGUUAUCUGGGCGACUGUUUGGUGGGGGCUGAAUAUCCAGCCCUAGCAUGGCCCCCUCCCCCCCUCCCACACUAUAAUAUAUCCUGUGUCUGAUCUUUUACCCGGAAGACAUGGAAUCUGCAGGCUAGUUCUGAGAACAGGAUAAUGGUUUUGGUGACUUUGUUGGAAAGGUAAUUCUGUUUUGGUUCCCUGUUGCUCUCUGAGUCUGCCAGCUCAGAGGCGCUACGUCUUCCCAUGGGCCAGCAAACCCACUGGGACGCGUUUGUCAGGUGAGUCCCAAAACAGAAAUAUAAGCUUCCUAAAAAGUCUCCAAAACAGACACAUUGUAAUCUGAUCCAGAAAUCCCAACAAUACAACCUGUCGAUUCACUGGCUUCUGGGGACAUUGCUGAGGUAUGAGGUGCAAAUUGCCUCUUUUCUCCGCAUUGUUAGCCCCUAAUGACUAGAUGGCUGAAAAUCCGUGGAGCCCACUAUGUGUAGACCUCUCUCCCCCUCAUAUGUAACUGAUGUGUUACCUUUCUCCCUUACACUGAAUAUGGCAAAAUGUUAAGCCACCCAGAGUUUGUUUACGGCGAAAGUAGUUGCCCCUUUGUGACCAGUGGAUCGCGGUCACGCCAUCUUUACAUGGACACGCAUGCACUUUCAUUGUUUCGCAGCUAGAGAGAGAGAGAGUGUUGAUCCGCGCAGGCGUCACUCAAAGCAGAGACCACAGCUGUUUUGUUACUAACGUAAAGGGAAGUUACUUGUUUCUAGGUGUUAGUGUACUGUAUAUUUAUGCCUGCGUUUACUUGCACAUGAUGGCGUUGGGGCAUUGACGGUUUGGCGCACCUUAUGGACAGGGAAUAUGCAUGUCACGGCUUCUCCCGGCGUGACCUCACACAAGUCCCACAUCUGAAAUGAAGGGCCCCCCCUGUUCAUUGCCUAUGGGGAAGGUUAGUAUGAAUGUAUAUUAAACUGGGUUUCACCACACUCAAAUGUGAUGUCGUUACGCCAAUUGUAGAACAUUAUCCAGAAUGUCCUAACUGGAAUGUAUUUAUACAUUUGCGCUUCCUCAUCGAAGAGCGGAAUAAAACAUGGUGUUCUUUGUUUUUAGUGAUACAUAAGCUUUGUGUUUGAGAAUAUGAACAUUGGCCUCGCUGCCCUUUCCGGAGUUAUAACGCACGCUCGCUCUCCCUUAAGUGGGCGCUGCUGCCAAUCCGGUGACAUAACGGGAGAGUGUACAUGUCACCUGUGCGCGCUAGAGGCAGCCGCUUGGUGUACAUACUGUAUAUUUCCUGGAAGCCGCUGACAUCACACAAAAUGGCCGAUCAUCUCCGUGAGUGUGGGUGAUGUCACUCCUAGCUGACUGACACGCUCCAUCCUCAUAAUUGCUUCGAUGACCAAUUUGGCUGUCUGUUGUGUGUGUUUACGUGCAGGCUACUUGUUGUGCCGCUGGGACUUCGGAGUCCCCUGUUGUUCGGUGAGAAUGAAUUGUAUUUAUUUGAGGCUAAUUUUCUUGUGUAACCUCGUUAUUGGGUCAUUGUUUUGUUUCUUCAGUACAAAUUUAAAAAAACAAAUGCCCCUAAAAUUGCAGCGAGGACUCGGAGGAAUGAAGAUAUUGUGUGUCCAGCUGCAGGGUACGUUCCCAUCCCCACUACUAUUACACGGAUUACUGCAGCCCCCAGCAGACAUUUACUCCCCAGCCGGCCUGCAGCCUCUGAUUACAAGAGCGGAUCUGCCUCAUAUUAUAGUAUUUAUGGUAUUCUUUAUCAUUAGUUAUCUAGUAUUAAUGGAUCUAGGCCAGUAGGAGCUAUAUAAAUAGGGUAAGAGAAGGAAACACUAAAACUACACAAUAAAUUCAUAGUUGUAUUAAACUAUAGGAAGUACUGCGCAUGUUUCUUACUAUUGAUCAGUAUGGGAAACCCAUUAUAUUAGUCUAUGGGACGUAGCUAUCGCAUCGGUGUGUCUCCGGUAUGGCCACCGUCACCAAACCGUGAUAGCGGACUCUCCCUCGUUAUUACCUACUUAGUGAUACUUUAUAUCAGGGGGGUUAUUAUAACGGAGCCAUUCCAGUGAUAAAUACUUCAUAUGGACCAACGUAGUCUCUCCGGAGAAGAGGACGUGGUCUUGGUAAAUCUUUUAAAAUAAAGGAUUGGAGUAAAUGGUUUUAGUCUCCGCUACAAAUGGCAGGUUUUCAAGAUCUGCCGGUAGCCCGUCGGCCUCGCACUCGGAGGACAGAUUGCCGCUCUUUUUAACGUGUCACAGUAGGGGGCAGACAUUUGUAAGAAGCCUGUCCGCACCUGUGAUAUCACAUGAUCAUACUGGUCCAGACCACAAUAUGGCCGCCACGGACUCUUUGGGUGGACAGAAUGCCACGUGGUAGCGUUCCGUAGGUGAGAGCCAUUGCUCCCACAAGGAAAACUGACUGCUCGGAACAGCAGCGCGAUCACCAAUGGAAGCUCCCAUCACAUUUUUAAUUUCUGUGUUUUAUUUUGUAAAUAUAAUCGGAUGUGUGGGCUUUGAGUAUAUAAAAUGUAAAUAUUUCAUGUAUUUGUACUAAUGCUGAUCCAUUUGCUGUAUAGCCUAGAUGUGCAAUGCAGAUAUAUAUAUAACUGUGUGUUGGUAAUCUUGCACCACUGGAAACGUUAGUGAACAAGAUCUGACAAUAAAGGUACAAGCCGUGCAUUAACA